AUGACUAGUGUUGAUCUAAGACCUACCUUUAUUGAAGAAAUUAAGGCCAAGCAGUUUGAGGAUGUGAACUUGAAUGCUAUUAAAGAAAAUGUUUUGAUGGGCAAGGCCCAAGAUGUAGUCCUUGAUGCAGGAAGGGUGCUCAACUUUAGGAGAAGAAUUUGUGUUCCCUGGGUAGAUGGCAUAAUUCAGAAAGUUUUGUCUGAAUCUCAUGGUUUGCUCCAAAGGAUGUCUAUUCCUAAAUGGAAGUGGGAAAGGAUAUCUAUGGACUUUGUGGUGGGACUCCCUGAGACGUUGGGGAAGUAUGAUUCCAUUUGGGUGGUGAUUGACAAAUUGAUAAAGUCAGCGCACUUUAUUCCGGUUAGAGUGGACUACAAUUCACAACAGUUGGCAUAG